CCUCAAGUCUCAAAUCCAAAAGACCUAAUAAAACCAGAAAAGGACAAAGCGCCAUAGUCGUCUUUGCCGGGCUACGAGUCAGUCUUCGACGGACCCCAAACACUCCAUCGGCUCACCAUUAUCAAUUUCUUCACAGAUCUCAAUUUGGUUCUCCAAACCGAUGCUUAUGAACAAACCUCAAAGCUCCUUUCACUGACCUGACCUUAAAGAUCACUCUUUUACUCAACCAUGGCGGAUCACCAUCACCAUCUUCAACAACACCGUCCUCACCGCCUUAAAGUGCCUUCACGCGCCGCCGCAGCUGCCCCCACUACCUUUGUUGCUACUCCCACCACAUCUCGGCCUUACCCUGUAUUUCCGUUCGCGUCUUCAACUCCGACUACUUUAGCUACUCCAUCGAAACACCGUCUUUCGUCCCUAAGCUUGAAAUCUUCAAAUUACAAUAACAACAAUAAGUCUUCGCUUUCUUUUCUGUUCCUUCUUCUCUUCUCUCUCCGGUCACUUUAUUCACUCCUCCCAUUUCUUCGUUCCUCUCCUUCUUUUUCUUUGUUUCCUUUCUCGUUUCUGGUCUCACUUCUCUCGUUUCUUCUCACUUAUGUCUUCUCCAUUUUCACAUCGUUCUCUUCGUCCUCCUCUUCCUCUUCGAGAGACCCUUUUCAUCAAAAGCAAAGUCAGCCUAUCUUUUCUCUGACCUCUCUCACUCUAUCCGAGCAUAGAAUUUUAGUCGCCAGAUCGAUUCUCCUCGCCGUAGUUUUUCUACUUCGAUUCCAAGCGCUUCGGUACUGUGGCACUGCCGCAAUGAUUCUCGCCGAGUUGUGUGGAAACGUGGCGGCGCGUUACGUCGGUGAGGGACGUAAUCGGAACAUGGAUGAUCAAAGUUUAUCCUCCAAGGUUCGUGGAUUUCUAGCUCUGUUUCUUGGGUUGUUUUUUUUGUCUCUGAGUUGGGAUCGCAUUGAAUGCUUUCCUUUUUCGGCUAUCAAGUUAGGAUUUUUCAUUUUCCCAAAAGACAAUUGUCUGAGAAUUUGGCCAAUGUUGCUCCCUUUUCUUUCUGGAUUUUUGGGUUGUUAUGAACGUGUUUCAAUGAACUUGGGAAGUGUUAGGCAGAUGGGAAGAAAAAGGGUACGAUUGAUUUCACUGUUUUUCACAACGGUGGUGCUUUUCUUUCCUGCUGCUAUUAGUAUGAUCAUGUUUGAAGCCAAUGAAGAUGGUUUUUCCUUUAAGAAUUUGGUUUGGCCACUGGCAAACACAGUUGUUUUUGGGGUCUUGUUGACUGAGAAUUUUAGUGAUGAGAAACUAGUGAGUUCUAAGGAUUUUCGCAAAGAGUUUGUGGUUACCUUUGUUUGUACUCUUGUUUUGGAGUUGUUUUAUUUUCCUGAGCUAUCACUUUGGGGACUAUUGCUCUGUGGUUUACUCUUGUAUAUAGCUGUUAGGGAAUUGGAUCCUUUUUAUUCAAAUUAUCUUGAAUUGGGAUUGGAGUCUUCGGAAUCGUUCACUGAACUUAUUAUGAAGCCUAUUAGACACAUUUUGAGUGAGAGGAAAUCUAGAAAGAUUGCACUCUUCCUGAUGAUCAACACUGCAUACAUGGUUGUGGAAUUUGUUGCUGGGUUCAUGAGCAAUAGUUUGGGGUUGAUAUCAGAUGCGUGUCACAUGUUGUUUGAUUGUGCAGCUCUUGCUAUUGGACUAUAUGCUUCGUACAUAUCAAGAUUGCCUGCUAAUAAUCAGUAUAAUUAUGGUCGUGGGAGAUUUGAGGUUCUUUCUGGAUAUGUUAAUGCUGUUUUCCUUGUUUUAGUUGGAUCACUUAUAGUUUUGGAGUCUUUUGAAAGAAUAUUGGAUCCUCAAGAGAUUUCAACUAGUAGUUUGUUAACUGUUUCGAUUGGUGGGCUUCUUGUUAACAUGGUUGGAUUAGUGUUCUUUCACGAGGAGCAUCAUCAUGCACAUGGUGGAUCAUGCUCACAUUCUCACUCUCACUCCCACUCACACUCGCAUAGUCACCAACAACAUUCGCAUGAUCAUGUUGGUCAUGAUCACAAAGGUUGUGAAAAGCAUGAGAGCAUCUGUGUUUCUCAUGAAAGCCAUGAACCUCCACACAGUGAUGAAAUUCAUGGACAUAGUCAUCACAUGAGCUCUGAAAGCUUAACCGAUAAAAACCAGGCUGGGAGUAACAAGUGUGAUGGUCAUGAUCACCAUCAACAUGAUCAUCACGGCCAUGACCACGUCCACCAUCAUGAUCAUGACCAUGACCACAAUGACGCUCAUCACCAUGGUCAUUCUUGCCAACAUGACCACAGCCAUGCGCAUGGGGGGAGUAACCGGCACGAUCACCAUGACCUUAUUUCCAAUGGAGAACAAUCACAUAAGGAUCGUCAUCGCCACAUCGACCACAACAUGGAGGGUAUUUUCUUGCAUGUUCUGGCAGACACAUUGGGAAGUGUUGGAGUUGUUAUAUCAACCCUCUUAAUCAAGUAUAAAGGAUGGCUUGUUGCUGAUCCUGCCUGCUCUAUAUUUAUAUCAGUCUUGAUUGUAUCUUCAGUUAUCCCAUUACUCAGAAAUUCAGCAGAAGUUUUACUCCAAAGAGUCCCUAGGGUGCAUGAGGAGGAUUUGAGAAAAGCCUUAGCUAAGAUUAAGAAGAUGAAGGGUGUGUGUGGCAUUCAGAACAUGCAUGUAUGGAGUUUCACAAACAGUGAUGUGGUUGGAACUCUCCGUCUUCGUGUCUCAGCCGAAACAGUCAAGGCAUCUGCGAAGAUGGAAGUGUCAGACAUACUAAGUGAAGCUGGAAUUAAGGAUCUGACCUUGCAGGUUGAAUGUGCUAAGUAAGGAGCUUAUUAGAUCUUGUUAACUCGUCACCAUUUGAGAGGGUAUUCAAGGAGAGAGAGAGAGAGAGAGAGUAGCAUAUUCUCUUACAAAACAGCAUAGCAUGACAACUGCAUCAAUCAAAUGUAUAUCUUAAGAGUCCAGACAACAUGAGAUGAAAAGCUUCAAACACUGUAAGCUCUGUGAUCCACCAUCUCUGCCUAAAAUCGCUGCAUCUUUUCGUCUCUCCUAAGGAUGAUGAUUCUUUUUCAUUCUCACCGUCCUAAAGUACACAACAAUUUAAUUGGUUUUAUAUGUUUUUUAUGCAUACAUGUAAGAAAUACUCAAAAGGGAAGGAUUUAUUUUCAAAUCUUACUGUUGUUCAUGGCUCAUUUAGUUAUGUCCAUACCCAAAUGAUAUAUAAACUCACUUUCUAUGACCAA